AUGGGAAAGAAAAGGAAGAAAAAAGGAAUCUGGACGAACCUCAGAGCAGAGACUAAUGAAGCGAUGAUAUUCAGAAUAAAACCUAAAGGAUGGACUGGUGCUCGUCGUGGAACUGCAGAUGUACUCGUCUCUGGAGAUUCGUUGCGAGCGCAGAGAAAUGAGAAUCUGUCGUUGAACAUGAGCAUGAUGAAUCUGGAAAGAGUUGCAUAA